AUGAGUACUAGUGUCAGUCGCUGCAGCGGUGGUGACAAGGUAAUUAGUGGUCGUCGUAAGGCUGUGUGGUGGUGUCUGUGUGUGACCUUGGCCUCGGUCGUGCCGUCCGUCGACGAGCCAGGCCCGCUGGCCAUUCGGCUUCCGCACAGGCGCAGGCGCAGGCUAUGUUUGACUCCAUUCGUCACUCUCGUCUCUACUGGCCAUGCUGCUUGGACCAUGACGGCUGCUACUGAUCAUAAUGGUGGUGGUCGGCCGUGGAUUUGGCCCGCAGUGCACGUCAGCGGGCGGAUUAUAAUUCGGACGACGACGGCCGUAAAUAUUGACGAUAAGCAGGCUAAUCCGACAUGGCAACGAAAAUUGCUCCCGCGAAAUGAAUUUCCCCGGCUCGUUCCGUCCCGAUUGACCAUAAAACGGGGCCGAAUCAUGGACAGCGUCGUUCAUAUCAUUCUAGGUAAAACGCAUAAUGAAACUUUCAACGUUAGCCAUCUCAAUGACGAGAUGACAACCUAUUCGGUGGACAAGCAAACGACAUGA